AUGGACGGCUUUGGAGGUCAGGCCCGGGGGUCCCCAGACAAGAUGUCCACGGCCACUGGUCCCUCCAUCCCCUCCCCGAGACCCUCGGGUCCCUGGAAAAGGUUUCCAGGGCUGCAGCCCCCCAGCUACUGCGGCCCUCGGGGAGCAAAUCCUGGCACGGCGGGGCCAACCGUGUGCCCCACCGACGUCUCGGGGUCCUGUGUGGAGGGCUGGGGGCUCCAGGGAGGGCUGGCCCCAGCAGCCAGGUUCCUGACCCACCGGCCUCUCACCAGCCAGCAGCAAGAGAUACAGGUGUCCGUGGGGCCAGGAGAGCGCUGGCUGCAGAUGGGCGGCCAGCGUCCCGGGAGGGUCCCCAGGGAAGCCAGAGACCCUGGCCCCUUCGUGACAGCAGAGGCAGGUGGUGGGAGACAGGGGUCUGGGCAGCGCUGCCUCGGGGAGCAGGGAAGAGACCAGGGGUGCCCAGGGGCCCCGGCAGAGACCCGGGAUGCCCAGGGCCCCCCGGCGGAGACCAGGGGUGUCCAGGGGCCCCCGGCAGAGACCCGGGAUGCCCAGGGGCCCCCGGCGGAGACCAGGGGUGUCCAGGGGCCCCCGGCAGAGACCCGGGAUGCCCAGGGGCCCCCGGCGGAGACCAGGGGUGUCCAGGGGGCCCCGGCAGAGACCAGGGGUGUCCAGGGCCCCCAGCAGAGACCCGGGAUGCCCAGGGCCCCCUGGCGGAGACCAGGGGUGUCCAGGGGCCCCCUGAGAAGACCAGGGAUGCCCAGGGGCCCUAUGCAGAGACCCCGGGAUGCCCAGGGGCCCCCGGCAGAGACCAGGGGUGUCCAGGGGCCCCCUGAGAAGACCAGGGAUGCCCAGGGGCCCUAUGCAGAGACCAGGGAUCCCCAGGGGCCAGGCAUGAAGGGGGCACCAAGAGGGUUGCUGAAGACUUGCUGCCCUGAGCAUUACACCAGCAUGCAGGCAGAUGGCCUGGGCAGGAGAGCCCUGUAUUUGGAAUAA